AUGGCCACUGCAGAGACUCUCGCUCGGGCAUCUGGCCCGUCCGAAGCGCCGGUCAAGGAGCCCGCUGCGUCGCGCGCGCCGGACGAAGUCUGGUAUCUCAUCCUCGAUGAACUCGACUACAUCGGGCUGCACAGGAUGGCCGGCGUGGCGAAGAGGUUUCAGAAGCUUGUCAAGGACACCCGCUUCGACGACCGCCUCUUCCGCACGAAGGCUCCGAAGCGUCUGAAGCCCGGCACGCUCGUUGCGAUCCACCCUCUCCUCAACGAGACCAUCUGCAUCUUCACCGACAAGAAGCCCGUCACCUACGCCGACAUCGAUCGCAACUCGGAGCGGACUGCUUUCGACUAUCCUGCCGCCGAAGAAUUCGCGACGAACCCCGCUUGCUCCGUCAUGCUCGUCCACCUCAACACGAGCAAAGCCCUCCCCGUCACCGACCGCAACGGCGUCAAGGUCAAGCGUCUCCUGCAGCGUCUCAGCUGGUACUGGAACGCCAAGCCGCCGCUCGACAUCCGCUACACCGUCGCGAGCCAGCUGGAGCUGGACCCCGAGAAGGUCGGAUGGAUCGACACGCUCGGCGACCGCUGCGGAUGGGCCGGGUGGGAGUUUGGCAAGGUCGAGGACGACGGAUCUGUCCAUCUUCACGCCAACUGGUACGAUUCGUGA